AUGUUCUUAGGGAAACUAAUGACUUCUUGUUUAGGAGGAGACAGGACGACAACAUCGUACAAAUCAUCUUGCGGUGACCGUGAGAUAUCAUCACUGAAGAACGGAGGGUUACUGGUUGAAGAACUAAUCCGUAUUUCAAACGGUGACUACAAUCCUUUCCGUGUAUUCUCUGAACACGAUCUAAAGCAAGCAACCAAAGACUACGACCAAGAUCAUGUCUUACUUCUUGACGACAACUAUAGAUUGUUUCAGGGAGAUCUUGAGAACAGAGGAAUUGUUCUAAUCAAGAAAACGGACGAUCAUGAUGAGCUUGUAGAGUAUUGCAUAAGGGAAAUCGCUAUAGCUGCAUACGUUAGUACGAACACGAAUCUGGUGAAGCUUCUUGGUUGUUGUUUGGAGAGCAAGAUACCUAUUAUUGUCUUUGAAUACGUACCAAAAGGGAAUCUAUCAGCUUACUUGCAAGAAGAGAAAGUGAUUCUACCGUGGAGAUGCAGGAUUAAUCGUAUCGCUGCUCAGGUCGCAGCUGCGAUUGUUUAUCUCCAUGUUGGCAAAUCAAGACCUCUGAUUCAUAGACAUGUGAAGACAGGUAACAUUUUACUGGACGCUGACUUAAACGCCAAGCUAUUUGAUUUCGGACUUUCCCUAGAAAGUCCAUUAGGUGAGACCUAUGUACAAGCAUUGGUUGAAGGAACAAUAGGGUUUAUAGCACCAGAAUCAGUAAAUACCGGAAAAUUUAACGAGAAGACUGAUGUUUUCGCAUUUGGUGCUACACUUAUUGAGAUCCUGACUGGACGAGAGCCUCAUGAUGUGUUCAUUGAAGCCUCUCGUGAUCUGUUUCCAAGCCUCACUCCAGCUGCAGAGUCUUCUCUAUUAAUGCCUGUUCCUUUACCCACAAGAAGAGAUCUUUUGGUGUUCUUGAAGUCGAAUCUGAUAAAAUACGCUAAGAAAAACGCGUUAGAGGCUAGCGCAGAGCUCGCUGCAAGAUGUGUUGACGUAUUGCCAGAGAAGAGGCCAACGAUUGAAGAAGUGGCUAAGGAGUUAAGGCAUAUUCAAAACAUGUAA